CUAUGUGUCAACAUUACAAUCCCAUUCAUUCAGCCCUUCCAUCAUACAGAAGAAAUACUCGUCACUCAUUGGCUGAAGGCUGUGCUCUGCUCAGUAGCACAAUGAGCAUACCAUAUUAAUUGGCAGCCCAAUCGAUAUAUUAGAGACAUUUUUUUUUGGCAAUGAUGUGUGCAGGGCAAUUUGGCCGCAUAUGGUGAUACAGGCACUAACAGUCACUUGGAAGUUUGAACAGACGCACUCUGCUCCCAUGAUCAGGAACACUCCACAAGGAUGAGGUGCUGAGCGCAUGCAGUAGAUGUUGUGUUCCGAGCCUCCAUCAUUCACCUUCAUCAUUCUAUCCUAAAGAGACGGCUCUAGGUGUCGGUGGCCGUGGAAGAUUUACACCAUCAUGGCAGGCUGCUCUAAAUGGUUUCUGGUGUGCUUAGUCUUGUGUCUCGUAGGUUUGGUCAUUGUUCUGGUCAUCAACGACGCCAGUAUCGAUGUCAUGCAGAGGACUGUCACUUCACAUCGUAAAAACUUCGGCAGAUACUCUAAAGAUGCGAUCCUACCCCGCUUAUCGAGCAUGCUGAGAGGCUCCAAGACAGCAGCAGAGCUUGAAGAUGGAGAGAAAACCUCCAUCAAUGGGUCAUUCUUCAGGUCAACCCUAGAGGGAAUCCUAGACAAUGACUUCAGCCAAGCUCCGGAGCUAUCCAUACCACAGAUGGUCAUAGAGGAGAGGAAAUAUCGCCAUGAUGACCAGUUUGAAAAGUACCUGAAAUGUCCCACCACAGUGCGGAAGAAGAUGCUGGAUAAUCCCAAUAUUCGAUCCAAGUUUGUUUCUGACAUCCCGAUCCUCAUGUGGGAUAAGCACUUCAAUGCCAGCGAGUUCAGAAGACUCACCAAGUUCAGGGCCAUCAAUGGAUGGAAGGACAUGAAUUAUACAGAUAUUCGUGGCAUGGUAGGGCAACUGAACUCCCCCAGCAAUCAGUACAUGUUUGAUGACAGGUUACAGAAGGGCCAAGUUCCAUCAAACGAUUGCACAACAUGUGCAGUCAUCGGCAACGGAGGCAUCCUCAACGGCUCAGGGAAGGGAGCAGAAAUCGAUGCUCAUGACUAUGUCUUCAGAGUAAAUGCAGCAAUUACCAAAGGGUUUGAGAAAGAUGUUGGUAAAAGGACGUCCUUUUAUUGUUUCUGCAUGCACUCACUCCACAACACACUGGCGAAGAGACGCAAGACAGGAUUUGAAAUACCAAAAGAUGAUGAGAAUCUUCGUUACCUUUUCUUUGCCAAAUCUGAAUGGACUUACACAUAUCUAGAUGCAGCGUUGUCAGGGAAACCUUUACCUGCCAGCACAGGCAAAUACCACAGAGGUCCCCCAGCAUUUCCCAAGCAGCUGACAGCAGACAAUGUAAAAGUUUUACAUCCAGAUUUUGAGAGAUAUCUGAAGUGGAGUUGGGUGAAUUCAUCAGCUCAACAUAAAGAUAUCCACAGACCUACAACAGGUGCAAUCAUGCUACUAGCAGCCUUACAUACAUGUGAUCAGGUCAGUAUAUAUGGCUUUGCAGGGAGCUAUGCUGACUACAGUGAAUAUUACUACGACAAGACAUUUUCCAAGCAUGUCAACUAUGCAAAUCAUGACUACAAUUCCGAAAAUAAGCUCUGGCAAUUCUUAGACGAGCAAGGCAUUGUCAAUCUGUAUCACAGGACCCCCAAGGAGGGAAAGUGA